AUGAAUUAACAAAAGCAUUUCAAAUUCAUACUCUAAUAUCUAGAAUUCAGUUCCAAAUCAGAUCAAUAGUCGUACGAAUUAACAAUCUUAUUGAAACGCAGUACAGCUGCUGCUCAAUAAGUUGUUACUAAAUUACCAAUCAAGAAUCCUGAACGCACCAUGACUAUAUGUCGUCUUCCUAUUGAUUAAGUUGUUGAGUUUCAAUAACGAAUGAUCAAAAAGGAUGGAAUCUAUGCUGAUUAUAAUGUAAACUCUCCUUAUAUAGUUAGAUCAAAUUCCUUUUCUAUUUAGCAGGCAAUCAAUUGCUUGGUGAUUGUGUAAUUAACUUAGCAUACUUUCUUGAUGGUGGAGCACCUCAAGAUUAAAAAUAAAAAAAACCACUCACAUCUACGACAGAUAAGAGAGCUGCCUUACUCUUUAAAGUGAUUAAGGAUUCAAUGUUCGAAUCUUAAGAAUUGCCUAUAGCAGACAUUCCUGCUCCAGUUAAUGGACCUGCACCUCAGACAGCCCGAACAUCCAGUACUAGAAAGAUAGACUCUAGAACAACUAGAGCUCGUAGUCAAUCUCCACCAAAGGAGUUUAAGAGCACUAUAAUGAUAAGUAAAGCCAAUGAAUAACCAGUUUAAUAAACUGUAUCACAAUCCUAAUUCUAAUAAUAAUAACAUUAAUAGAUAUAAUAGGAUAAUCUUACUUAAAAAUUUGUACAAUUAGGUGAAAAAUUUCAAUAAUAGAAAUUACAAUAAACAAUUCAACCAACAACAUCAUCACCACCUCCUGAAUAUGAUAAUUUCAAAGAAAUCAAUGAUCUUCUUUCUUAAUAAGAGGCUGAAUUAGAAAAAUAGAUUGAAUAAUUAGAUAUUCAUAUUAGAUCUGAUGGAAAAUUUAAGAAGAUUUUUGAUGAUUCCACAUUCAAUAAUUUUGACGUUAGUUCUUAAGAUUCAGAAAUCUAAUAAUGGAAAUAGAAAUGUGCAGAACUUGAAGAAAAAUUUAAUAAGAUUCAAGAUGAAAAUUAACAUCUUACUGUCAUUAUUAGAUAAUAGAGUGAAUAAUUAAAAAAAAUUAAUUAAAGAUCUCAAUCUGGUUAUAAAUAAAUCAAUGAUAAUACUCUCAAUUAAUCUACAACAUCAAAUCAAGAAUAAUAUGAAAAAACUAUUGAAAAGAAAAACUAAAUCAUUAAAGAAUUAUCUAAUUAAUUAUUAGAAUUAGAAAAGAAUGCUAAUGUUAAUGUUAUUGAUUAAUUGAAGAGUUAAAUUUUAAGAUUAGAACAAUAAAUGUAAGAAAAAGAAGAUUAAUGGUUAGCAUAAGAAAGAAUCUAUAAGGAUAAGAUAAUUUAAUUGUUAUAAAAUACAGAAUGA